AGUGGUGGUACGCUGCAAUUCACAAUGUGACUGGUAUGGUUGGUGCUGGUAUUCUUGGUUUACCGUACGCUAUGUCUCAACUUGGAUGCUCAAUCAAUCCGACAACUCGCCAGGCGAUUUGAUCUGAAGUUGUGGAUCAUCUGGUUGUUCCCGGGGGCAAUCUGUAAGUUUAAGCUAUGUAUAUGUCUAUGUGUAUAGAUGUUUGGCUGCAUCGUUAUUCAUCAUCAAUUUGAUCUAGUUUGAUAUGAUCAUUUAAAGUAUUUAUGUUUUUGUAAUUUGUGUAUCUUUAAUUAAAAAUAAAAUUUAUGAAAAUGGAAUAUGUUUUAGUAGAGUUUUAAAUAUAAUUAACAAUAUUAUUAUUAUGUGGUUUGCGCUCAUGAUAAUAACUAAAAAAGAAAAUAAUAUAUCAUGUUAUUGAAUAAUAAUAUUUUUUAUCCGCGUAAUAUAUUACAGGAGUCCAGGUGUGACAAUAUUACUAUUGUCAUGGGCUAUAACACUCUAUACCCUAUGGCAAAUGAUCGAAAUGCAUGAAGUUGUCCCUGGUAAAAGGUUUGAUCGGUAUCACGAGUUGGGACAAUACGCGUUUGGGGAAAAGCUUGGUCUAUGGCUUGUUGUUCCCCAACAGUUUAUGGUUCAGGCUGGGUGUGACAUUGUGUAUAUGGUCACCGGAGGGAGUUCGUUGAUGAAAUUUUAUAAUAUCAUUUCUCCUAAUGGACCGCCAAUCAAACUAACCUAUUUUAUCAUGAUUUAUGCAUCUAUUCAAUUUUUCUUGUCCAAUUUACCAAAUUUCAACUCUAUUGCUGGGGUUUCUUUAGCUGCUGCUAUUAUGUCUCUAAGUUAUUCAGCCAUCGCAUGGAUAGCUUCAGCUCUAAAAGGAAUACAACCCGACACGAGUUAUGGACCUAGAUAUCACACUAGCGCCGGACAAAUAUUUGGUUUUUUGAGUGGUUUAGGGACGGUUGCAUUUGCUUUUUCUGGGCACAAUAUAGUGUUGGAGAUUCAAGCAACAAUUCCUUCAACUUUGCAAAAACCUUCUAAAAUAGCCAUGUGGAAAGGAUCUCUACUCGCUUAUAUAAUAGUAGGAUUGUGUUAUUUUCCAGUGGCUUUUGUUGGUUAUCUAGUGUUUGGCAGGCUUGUUGAGGAUAAUGUUAUGAUGUCCCUUGAGAAGCCUAUUUGGCUUAUUGCCGCUGCAAACCUAUUCGUAGUCAUACAUGUUAUUGGGAGUUACCAAGUUUUUGCAAUGCCAGUUUUUGACAUGCUUGAAUCUUUUUUGGUGCUGAAAAUGAAAUGCAAACCUGGUAGAAUGCUUCGUCUUAUAACUCGUUCUACUUAUGUCGGAAUUACUAUGUUCAUUGGUAUAGCAUUUCCAUUUUUUGGCUCUCUCUUGAGUGUAUUGGGUGGAAUUGCUUUUGCACCAACAUCAUUUUAUCUUCCUUGCAUAAUAUGGUUAAUAAUAUGCAAACCGAAGAAAUACAGUGCAUCAUGGUUCUUAAACUGGGCAUUCAUCAUUUUUGGCACAUCGCUGACGAUUUUAGCCCCUAUAGGAGCUAUAAGAGACAUAAUCGUUCAAUGUAAUACCUACAAAUUCUUCUCCUGAUCAACCAUUUUUUAUGAGGAGUGAUUGGGGUGAUGAUAUACAUAGAUCAUAGGUUUUGAUCCAGUCGUUUUUUAAAGCGGGUCAUCUAUAUGAUUGUUAGUAAAUUUAUGUGAACUCUUAUUAUGAACUAUUGUAAACAUUAUAUAUGUAUAAUAAAACCAUGAAUUAUGGG